GGACAAAUCGGGCCACGUGGGGGCAAGGAUUGGCCAGCUCUGGAGGUUAGGGUAGUCCGGCUUCUACUGUCACGUGGUCUGCGCUGUUUUCUUAUCUCGUGGCUGCUGUCCAGGCUGCAUGAGGCGGGGUCGGGCUCCCGCAUUCCUGCUCGGCGGAGGGGCCGCUCUGCUCCUGUCCCUUCUUUGGAUGCCGACACUGCUGCCUGUAGCCUCCCGCCUUCUGUUUCUACCCCGAGCCCUGCUGUCCAUGGCUUCAGGAAGUCCCCCGGCCCAGCCCUCGUCGGCCUCGGGCUCCGCCUAUGUCCCCGGCUCGGUCUCUGCGGCCUUUGUCACCUGCCCCAACGAGAAGGUCGCCAAGGAGAUCGCCAGGGCUGUGGUGGAGAAGCGCCUAGCAGCCUGCGUCAACCUCGUCCCUCAGAUUACAUCCAUCUAUGAGUGGAAAGGAAAGAUUGAAGAGGACAGUGAAGUGCUGAUGAUGAUCAAAACCCAAAGUUCCUUGGUUCCAGCUCUGACAGAUUUUGUUCGGUCUGUGCACCCUUAUGAAGUGGCCGAGGUGAUUGCAUUGCCUGUGGAGCAGGGGAACUCCCCAUACCUGCAGUGGGUGCAUCAGGUUACAGAGUCGGUUCCUGACUCCAGCGCAGCGCCACUGGGAUGAACCCUCGUUUCUGCCAGGGUUUCCCUCAUAAAUUUCAACGCUCCUACCUUGUGAUGACUGGACUCUCAAUAAAUCCCAUUUUUAGUUCUCUC